AUGGCAGCUAAGUUCGUCAUAGUCGCUAUGCUGGUGGCAGCUGCUCAGGGCAGCGCCAUCCACGGGGCUGACUACACCAGCUUCUCGUACGGUGUGUCAGACCCACACACCGGUGACGUCAAGAGCCAGCACGAGACCCGCAUCGGUGACAACGUAGUCGGCCAGUAUUCCCUCCUCGAUUCUGACGGCACAAAGCGCACUGUAGACUACGCUGCUGACGCCCACUCUGGAUUCAACGCUAUCGUCCGCAAGGACCCCGCCCUCGUCACCCACGUCGCUCCCGUGGUGGCUCACGCCGCUCCUCUCGCCUACUCCGCACCCGCCAUCGCCGCGCCUGCCAUCGCUGCCCCUCUGGCGUACGCUGCUCACACGCCCGCCAUCUCCGCCGUGUCCGCUUACUCCACCUCCCUCGCCCAUGGUGGUUAUGCUGCCCCCGUCGCUGCAUACGCAGCACCCCUUGCCCAUGGCGUGUCCUUAGGCGGUCUCGGUGCCUAUGGAUCUCCCCUCGGCUAUGCUAAAUACUAUUAG